CAGUAUUUAAACAAGUCUAGUUUCAUCACCAUUUGAUCAAUACAAUAACUCCUGGGUCUCUAUGCCUUCGGCGAUACAAUGAUAUUCUUCAAAAUUCUGGCAUAUUGAAUUUUCUAUCAAGUUACAAGAUGGAGACUUUUUUUAAUCUAACUUUGAUUUUUGGUUCAAGGUGAUGCUGUUAAUGAAUACUUCAAGUUGGUGUGUGGAUCCUAUGUGUUCGGUGCCAUGAUCUCCUCAGCUCAUGUAGUGCAAGCUCUGUAAGUACAUUAUUACUAAUAAAUAUUAUAUGUACCUAAGUUCGGAACAAAAAUAUAGAUAAGAGAAUAAUAAUCCGUUCAAAAAUAUUUUCAAAGUGAAUUAGCAAGUAAAGCUGUGAAUGGAAAACAUUUAGCAUGUUCAAUUUUCUGCACCAAAUCUUUCAGCAGAAACUGCCUAAACAAACAUAUCAAUGAAUCAUAUUGUGAGAUUACAUAUUAUUGUCUCCUAUUUAAAGCAGUUAUUUAACACAAUUAAUUCGUCGAUAUGCUUUUUAGGCAGUUUCAACUGCAGUCAUAUAGCAUUUUGGUGCAUAAAGUAGAGCAUGCCUUGGUACAUUGGCAAUUCACAGCUUCACUUGCUAGAUUACCGAAACAGUAAUUGAAUGAAUUAUGAUUCACUUGUCUAUUUUUUUAACACAAGAAAGAAAAAAGAUAAAUGCGCUUAAUUUGUGAUAGCUUAUCAUUUUAAGGAAUGCCAAAUUUGUGAUAGCUUUUUUCAAAAAAAAAAAAUUGUGAUAGCUGAUCAUUUUAAGUUUGUGAUCGGAUGGUCAUAAACUAUCAAUUCAAGUUAUCAUAAUAGCCUUACUAACUAUAAAUAUCGUACUGAAAAAUGAAUUAUCUUUAAAAGGGUGAAUAUAGAAUUUGAUUGGUUAUCUCAAAGACUCUAACAAUAGCUCUGCAUCCAAAGUUGCAAACGCUACGUUUACAUAUGGUUACCGACUUGCAGUUACUACUUACUACUAGAGAAUCGUAUCUCAAAGGGUGUCAGUUUUUGUUUCCCUCGACGAGUUUCCACAUAUGACAUGCCUCUGCUAUGGCUCUUCAAUAGCCAAACAUUUAUUGACAAAAAGAACUUUACCUCUCGGGCUAAUCUUUUAGCACUUGUAAGAAAAAAAUGAUUACUGAUUAGGCCUGGAGUGGCAUAUUAAUUGGUUUGAGACAAACAAAAGGACAUAUAGAUAACAAGACACGGCACCACGAGACAUAAGACCUAACACGUUUUGGAUGAUCGCUCUCACCUUUACCUAAUUAGCAAUUAGCCUACUCAACUAUCUUUCCUUUACUAUACAUCCCACCAUCUUAAUUGUAUCACUUCCAAACUCUCCUACGUCCUAUUUGUUACUACAUCGUAACGUAUAUGCGUAUGCCUCACCCACAAACAAAAAAAAUACAAAUUUUUCUUAUGCUCCUAUAACAUUUAAUUAUUCUAAUCAUCAUCAUUACACUUAAGCAGGUUUUAUGAUGAUAACUAGACUAACCCCAUCCCAUCCAAUUGAUAGUAACAAAAACAAACCGCCAUCUCUAUGACUUUAAUUAAGGUAAAUUAAUCAAAUCAUCAGCCUUAGUUACGUCAUUAAACAAAACGACAAUACUUGUGGGACCCAGUUACGGACCAAACCGGUUUUCAAUAGAUGAGUGUAAGAGACAGAUUAAUUUCGGUUUAGCGGAGAAAAAAAAAGAAAGAAAGAUAAUCGCCGUUGCUGACGUGACGUCACCGCCGAUUCUUAUCCUCAAUGGAGACGACGCCGGAGACUCAACCAAAAUCCCAAUCGCAAACCGGCUCCUCCCACCGUCUCCCGCCGGGACGCGAGGACUGGUGGAGCGAGGACGCGACGGCGACGCUGAUCGAAGCGUGGGGAGACCGCUACGUCAACCUCAGCCGGGGAAACCUCCGGCAGAACGACUGGAGAGAGGUCGCCGACGCGGUGAACUCGAUCCACGGCGGCGGCGGCGGCGGGAGGCCGAAGACGGACGUGCAGUGCAAGAACCGGAUCGACACGCUGAAGAAGAAGUACAAGACGGAGAAGGCCAAGCCUUGUCCUUCGUCCUGGUGCUUCUUCGAGAGGCUCGACUUCUUGAUCGGUCCCGUCGCGGCGAAGAAGUGUACCGGAGUUGUGAGACCGGCGGUGGUGAAGAAUCCGACCGGAUCUAAAUCGAGUGGGAGCUCUUUGGAUGAUGAGGAUGAGGAGGAGGAGGAUGAUGAGGUGGGUGAUUGGGGGUUUGUGGUGAGGAAGCAUAGGAGAGUGGAGGAUGUGUAUCCGAGUGGAGGUGAAGGUUCGUCGAGUAGGGAGCUGGCGAGAGCGAUUUUGAAGUUGGGAGAGGUGUACGAGAGGAUCGAAGGUGCGAAGCAGAGGAUGAUGGUUGAGUUGGAGAAGCAGAGGAUGGAAGCUGCCAAGGAGCUUGAGUUGCAGCGGAUGAACAUGUUGAUGGAUAUGCAGAUGGAGAUCGAAAGAUCAAAGCUUGGCAAACGUAGAGCUGUUGCUGCUUCAGAUAAGAAGUUGUCGGAUUAGAUUUUAUGGAGAAGCUAUACUGUGGUAGAGCAAGGGAGCAAUGGUUGGAUGAUCUGAGAAGCUCAUUCGGAGAAACUGUUAUUAUUCUUAAUCACUAGGUUUCAUUGUUAGAGCAAUGUUUUUUUUUUUUUAACUUAUUAUGUUUACUUAUCUUAUUUAGGGUACAUUGGUAGCAAAGCAGAUUGGUGAAAGAAACUCUUGUAGUAAUCUGACAGACAUAUCAACAUGUACUUUUUGUCAAGUGUUAAAAUGUAUUAUGGUUUGUGUA